GAGCAGCACGCCAAGCUCUUCAAGUACGGGCGGGUGCCGAUCAUCGACGAGCCGUCGGCGAACAUACUGGAGGUGCUGCCCGGCGCCCUGUCCUUCCUCGCCGGCGCGCGGGCCAAGAAUGGCCGCGCCUUCGUGUACUGCGCCAAGGGCAUCUCGCGGAGCUCCAGCAUCGUGAUCUCGUACCUGAUGUUCGAGCAGAGGAUAGGGUUCGACGAGGCGUUCAAGAGGUGCGAGCAGAAACGGCCGAUCGUCUACCCCAACGUGGGCUUCCAGCAGCAGCUGCGGUACCUCGAGCGGGUGCUGUCCUCUCCGGCGCUGUCGUCGGACGCUCCGUGGGAGGAGAGGGCUCGGGAGCUGCGCAAGGUGCUCCCGAGCGGCAGCCUGACGGACCCGCAGGCGCCGCUCAACAUCAUGGACGAGAUAGGCAGCGUCAUGGGGCGGGCGCUGGACGACCUGGAGGUGAACGUCGACAAGGUGCUGGCGCAGCCGCAGCUGCUGCAGCAGAGGGAGCUGUGGAAGCGGCAGGGCCUGUUCUUCGAGAACCUGCACAAGUACAAGGCGCUGCCGAGCAGCGCGAGCCUGCUGGAUCGCGCGCGCGAGGCUGCCACGAAGCUGAAGGGCCUGCCGAAGAUCUUCAGCGACUCCCUGAAGGCCUGGCGGCGGAAGCGUCCCCCGGACCUGACCAG